CACACUAAUACACAACAAUUUUUUUUCUUUGAUUUUCUUCUUUUUCUUUGAUUUUCGGUAGGAUUUCUUCGUUGUCCUGCAAUCCUUUGCGGUUGUUUUCUUUUGUUAGUUGAUACCCAGAAGAUGAAGACCAUACAGCGCAAGAUGUCCAGGCUCCAAAAGAGCUCCUCUGUGUAUUCCAAGUCCGUUUCCAUGAUGCACUUGGAGGAGCGAUUCCGAGAUAGCAUAGAGCCGGCGCAGAUAAAUCUUCUGCGUGAUCUGGACGAGAAGUUCUUCUCAAAUUCCUACCUGCUGGUGCAAAAUCUAAGCGAACGCUUCCCCUUCCUCGCGGGCAAGGUUAAGCUGUACGUGGACAUCCUCUCCAGACUACACGCGCACUACGUCUCUGAGGUGCACCAAGGUAGGGCAAUGCAUGAGAAGGUGAGAAAUGCGGACGACAAGCUGAAAAUGGCCCUGCGUACCACGGCCACCUCGGAGGCGAUGAUGGAGCACCUGCGUGAGUCCUUGGAGGAAGCCUGGCGGAACGAGGACACUACCAAGAAUCGCGAGGAGACCAUGCAGAUUCAGCUGAUGUCGCUGGUGCGCGGCGAUCAAUCAAAUAUGCCAAGAGUCAUGACCGAACAGGUGCCAAUCUCAACCAAGGACCUCCAACUUCAUCGCUUGGUCCUCCGGGAACGCGAUCGGCUGGCUGCCGAGCUUAAGGACUACCAAAAGCGCCUGCAAACUAACCGCAUUUACUCGGAGACGGUGGAAGGCAUGAUUGAGGUAUCCAAGGAGAUUAUCUCCAAGCUCAAUGCGCGGGUGAAAAAAGCCGAGUCGGAGAACUUUAGGCUGGAGCACAAAUGUAGUGUGGAGCAGGAUAAGUACGAGGAUCGGAUGUUGCAUCUGAACAAAGAGCUGGCAGCCGUAGUGCAGCAAAACCAGGAACUUAUGCAGGCCGAUAAGGAUUUUGUGGAGCUGGCUGCCACCAACGAAGCACUCAGGCAGCGCAACGAUCGGCUUUCGCGGGAGAACCAUACCCUGACCAAGUCCUUGCGCCUCAUGGAGGACGAGAAGAACAAGCUGCAGACGAGCCUGAAGGUGGCCGAGGGUUUUAACGAUGCCCAGAGACGGGAUAUGGCAGAUCUCGUAAUGGCGCGCCGUGCAGCCGAGCGGGAUGCCAAAAAAAAGGCUGACGACUCGGUGCUCUUGGAGCGACGAUUCCACCUGCUGGCCAAAAAGAACACGGACCUCAACGAUCAAGUCCUGGUUAAACAAAAUGAGCUCAAGGUGCAGGAGAAAAAGAUAAUGAUGGCCACCGCCAAGCUGGAUGAGGCCAUCCGCCAAAGGGAGGAAAUAUAUCGUUCGCGGGAAAAACUGAGAGUGGAGGUCACCCGUUUGAAUGACAUUGUGGCCGGAGUGCGACACGAAAUCGCCACCAUUCGUCACCAAAUGCAAGAUUUACUAACCGAUCUACUGCGAGCCAACAAGCAGCUGGACGAGAAGGACCUGCAGGUGCAGAAAAUAGCUCGGGAAAAGAGGGAGCAGAGCCUGGAACUCAAUGAUGCCUACAAGAAGAUCGAUGGGCUUGAGGAGACACUUGCCUUGAAAGCGGAGCGGUUAGAGCUGCUCCAAGUGGAGCUGCAGCAGAAGCAGCUGGACUUCACGAACGUCAAGAAGCAGAUGGAAGUGAUCCACUCGGAGAAGGUCAUGUUGAUUAAGACGAUGGACAUGUGCUCAAGGGACCGCUCCACGCUGCAGAAUACAAUGACCAAGUUGACGCAUCAGAUCAACCAGAUGACCAGCUCGCUGGCCAUUAACGAAAAGGAGAUUUCCAGCCUGAAGAACCAGAUUGAGCAGCUGAACCGAACUGUGAAGCAGAAGCAGAAUGAGAUUCACUCGAAAAGUCGCCUGUUGGCCAGCACAAAGUCGGAUCUUCGCGAGAUGAAGAUCCGUGUGGAGCAAGCCGCCCACACCAUUGACACCGAUGAAAAGCGAUUCAAGCACAUGGCCUGUGCCCUGGACGAGGUCACCAAGGAGAAGAGUCUGGUGGGCUUUCAAAUGGUUAGGAGGAAUGAUGAGGUGCGCCUGCUAAAGGAGAAACUGGAUAUGAUGCAGAAGGCCAUCGAUCGGGGAACCAUGCAAUACAACCAAAGGGUGGAGGACAUCAGAUUGCUCAAACUGGAAGUGGUAAACCUGCGAACUUCACACGAAUGCAUGCAGCGCGAGGUGGGAAACAAGGCGGCCAUGCGCCAUGAUGUGAUUCGAUUGGAGCGACAGCUCAACCAGGAGAGGCUCAGGGUAUCCGCCUACUCGGAGGAGCUGUCCCGCCCCUGUCGCAUCCAUCGUUGGCGUGUCUUGCUGGGCAAGGAUCCGCGCCGUUUCGAGUUGAUCCGCAAGAUUCAACAGCUCCUGAAGCGCAACAUACGGCUAUCAGUGGAACGGGAAAAAAAGGCCAAAGAGCUAGCGGCUUUGGAGCACGUUCACAAGGAGUUCAAGCGCCAGAUGACAUAUCUACCCGAUCCGAGUGUGCGCCAGAAGCUCUGCAUCCAGCAGCGCAUCAAUCGCCGCCAAACCCGCCAACUCAAGUCCAUGAAGGCUGAGCUCAGGAUCAACGAGAUCGACCUCAAGACCAGGGAGCACCUGAUAGAGGGUUUUCAGGAACAACUGCGCCUGCAUCACUGUGAAAACAAAGAUAACUUCAUUGGUAGAGGGGAUUUUUCUAUUCGCAAUGGCAAGGCGACCGAUGAUGAAUUCACGGAACAAGUGUUCGACAUGUCUGCCAACUGCGAAAGUUAAUCUAAACGAGCAGUGUGAUAGUACCAAAUAUACAUACAUAUCUACAUAUGGAGGACCACCUCCAUCGUCGAUAGGGUAUCUUUUACACUUUCAGAAUAUUAAAGAAAACCUUGU